AUGGCAGACGAAAGCACAUCGGAUCGUGUGCUUCGUGAGGUCAAGGCGGAGUUGGCAGGUACGCCAUACUCCCUCGAGUCUGCCCGCCUUCUCAGUGGAGGAACGACAAACUUCAUUUUUCACGUGAAGCUGCUGGAGCCACUGCUCGAUGGGACUGCAGAGGUAGCUGUAAAGCAUGGCGAGGGUUUCGUGGCCCAGAGCCCCGAUUUCGAACUCCCCACGUCAAGAUGCCGGAUCGAAGAGAGCUGUUUGAAAGACCUCUCAGCCCUUUCACCACACACCGGCGAGAAGAUCACCGUAGCAACUCCGAAGCUGUUCUACUUCAAUGAAGAGACCAAUACCCAGGUUCAAGCGUACCAGCCAAGCCCACUCAGCCUCAAGAACUAUGCAAUUGAGUACUUCGCAGCGUCAACCCUGGAGGCGCCAACUCUGGAGACACCAACUCUAGAAUCAGUCAAGUCACUAUCCCUCAAAAUUGGUACGGCUGUGGGUGCGUGGCUCCGGUCAUUUCAUGACUGGAGCAACUCGGAACAUCAGCUCAAGUUUCGCGAUAUCGCAGCGGAAAAUAAGGAAAUGCAAACGCUGAAGCGAUGGAUGAACUAUGAACGGCUCCCCAGUUCCAUCAAGCGAUUCCCGGAUAUUCUAGGGGGUUGUAAUGAUAUCUUUGCAGACAUCGUGGACAGCGUAAAGGAGGAAAUGGUAAACGAGCAAGCCCUGCAGGUCAUCCACGGCGACUUUUGGACCGGAAACAUUCUUCUAGAAGGGAAACCUUGGGACGACGAACAUAGCUGCCUUCUUGUCGUCGAUUGGGAGAUGUGCCAACUUGCAGUCAAACCUCUUGACCUAGGCCAGAUGAUUGCGGAACUAUACGAAUUGAAGCUAUACAAAGACAUGGAAGCGGGAAUCUGGUUGAUCCAAGGUUUCGUUAACGGCUACGGUGCAGUGGAUGACGACUUUGCGUUCCGAACACUACUUCAUGUUGCCGUUCAUCUCAUCGGGUUUGGCACAACAGUACAGGGCUGGGGCUCGCAAGACCAAGCGAGGGCAGUGGCGACUGAGGGCAGGGACAUUUUGAAGAAUGCUUGGGCGAAGGACCGCGGAUUCUUUGAGAAGCAUCCCCUAGGCUGCGUCUUUUCAUAA